AUGGAGGAUAGUGCCCGAACCUCCGCGGCCCCUCCGGAAAAUCCGAACCGGAUCCCCCACCUUGUGCCGGUCUAUCCUCUCCCGGAGUCCCGAAACGUAUCGUUUGCCCACUCACUAACGGCACGGAAUCAUCAACAUUCAAAGACGGCGAUUGAGAAACAAACCACGGCUCAUCGUACGAAGGAAAAACGGGAAAAGACGGGUAAUAAUAAUCCGCGCUCGGUUGGUUUUGAUACGAGCCGUAGUAGAAUAAGCUCUCGAGAGAUGUCGAUGUCGAUGUCGAUUGAGGCGGCUGAAAGUCGGUGCUGCCCUGGAGAAGCCGCGAUCUCUGGCGGCGGCCGCCUCGGAAAGUGGCGGCGGAGGGGCGGCCGGCAGUUGGUGGUGGGGCGGCGGGUGCUGAGGUGGCGGUGGGAUGCGGGCGUGCUCGGGGAAGUUGAGCUUCGCGCGGUGGCCGCGGAAACGGAGGGCGGCCUCGUCGUAGGCUCGGGCGGCGGCCUCGGCAGUGUCGAAUGUGCCGAGCCACACACGAGCGGCUUUCUGUGGGUCCCGAAUCUCGGCGGCCCAUUUGCCCCACGGCCUUUGACGGACUCCUCGGUAUUUUUGCCGUCUUUGGCCGGUUGUUCCGGCGAAGGUGGUGGGAGGUGGCGGUGGUUGUGUGGUGGUGGUGGUUGUCGACGAGGAAUCUCCAAAACCCCGAUAAACCCUCUGAACUUCCUCCGGCAACAUAGCGCCGCCAUCUUCUCGGCCGUGCAUCCUCUUCACCCCCGAACUCGAAGACGACUGCUCCAACAGAGGAUAACUCUCGCCAAUAUUUCUUCCCCAAACACCACCGCCACCAGUAUACGGCGGCGGCAUCACCGUGUUCCUGUUCUCGCCGCUGUGCCGCCGGUCUCCGGCGACCGCCCGAAUCGUCGGCGGCGGCCCGAGAGACGAUAG